GAAAUCUUCUGAAAAAGUUCCACCAAGGAUGAAUCUCUCGAUGAUAUCCGACAACAUUCUAAAACUUCAUUAAAAAUGACCGAAACACUGACCAAUCGAUGUACUGGCUGUUGCUCGCGGAUUUCAGACGGAUGUCCAGGGAGCGCAGCCUCACGUCGAGCGCGAAAGCUCGAAUGGAUCACGGGAGCGGCGUCGGCGUCGGCGUCGGCGUCAACGUCAGCGUCGGCGCCGAUAAUAGAGGCGCCGUCAACCUUUGUGCAGGCGCAACGUUGAUGAAAAGUGUCUCGAUCUUCUUGAUGAGCGGCCGUAAAGCCUCCGUCAACAGCAACAGGCAGACUUCCGGCAGCCCGAAGCACGAGCCUCGAAGAAAACAUCGCAGAAGGAUGCCAAUCGCGGGAAUUACGAGAAGCUCGGCGUACACGGCCAAAUUGAUCGAAUCGCUAAAAAGGAAAAGCAGGUUCUGCUGGUCGGAAUUGGAUAAUUUGUGCAAGCUGUACAAAAAAUUGACUACUUCUGGACAGCAACAGGUUGGACAAUCUGUUAUUAUCGGGAGGAGGACUCAGUCAAAUCAAACUAUAGAGGGUAUCGACAGGGUGAUUUUCCGCGAGUUGCUGCACAACACGUUCAAAGUAAUCACCGAAGACGUGCUGGUGGAACGUAUGUUCUGUUGCUGGGAUCGAGAAAACGAAGGAAUCAUCAGGCUAGAACCAUGGAUCAUGGGACUGGAUCUGUAUCUUCGUGGUAGUCUACGGGAGAAAAUUGAAUUUUGUUUCAAAGUCUAUGAUUUGAACAACGAUGGCUUCAUUACGAAAGAUGAGAUAUUCCAAUUAUUCAAGAAUUGUUUAAUCAAGCAGCCAGGAGAAGAGGAUCCGGAUGAGGCGGUGAAAGAUCUGUCUGAACUGGCGUUAAAGAAGCUGGACGUGGAUCGAGACGGGAAAAUCUCUUUUCAGGAUUACAAGGUUGCUGUGACGGAGGAACCUUUGCUGUUGGAAGCUUUUGGGCAAUGUCUGCCCACGGAUGAGAACUGUGCUGCUAUUCUAGCUUCGUUACGAUCAUAAGAUAAUGCGUUGAUCAGGAAGAACGUUUUGGCUUUGGAUACGCGUUACUCGUAGCUUUACUGAAAAAAAUAAUAGAACCACGUUAAUUAUAGCGUAGAGUAAAAUACACCGAAAGAAUUCGUAAUCAUGGCACCUGCCGUUUAUUAAAAACAAAUUCGAUAGUAAUCGUAAUUAUAAACAAUAAUAAUAUUAAUAAUAUAAUAUAAUAAUAUAAUAUAAUAAUAUAAUAUAAUAAUAUAAUAUAAUAAUAAUAGCAUAAUUACAAAAUACGCUCGAUCUGGUUUUCUUAUAGCGUGUUUGCUGAAUCAGUCUUAACCCUCGGAUUACCAAGCAUCGAAAUCACUCUUCGAUUUUUUCCCACUUUUACAUGUCUUGAUUUUCUUUUCUUUUUUUUUUUCUCUCUCUCUUUUGCGAUUCUUACCGAUCUCACCGUUUGGAAAAUAUCGACUGAACGUGCUCGAUCAUCGAUCGAUAACCCGAAGGCUAAUUUAAACUAUGAAACAUUCUAGAGGUAUGUUACAGUGAUGUAAGGGGUUUCUUCUUUAUUUUGUAAUCGAAAAAAUUGACUUCUCUGCACGCGCAACAAAAUAUCGGCUCUCGUCGUCGCGGUACUUCCGGUUUCAGGGACCCGUGCCGCGACCUCAAGGUUCCAUCUUUCUUUAUUCUCACGGAUAUACUCGUGUAUCUUUGUGUAUAUAUACUUUUUUCUUCAUUUAUUUUAUAUAUAUACUCUGUUAUAUAUAUAUUCUGUAAUAAUUAAUAUACACGCACGCGCUCGCGCGUUCACAGGUUGCAUCGUGAAUCGAUUGCGGCUUCUUUGUACGAUAUAAUCACUGGAACAGGGGUUGAACGAUUCAAUUGUACCGAAGGCAAUCGGAUUUUUAACGAAUAAUUAUAUAAUUAUACUUUACACAGAGAGAGAGAGAGAGAGAGAGGGAGAGAGAGAGAGAGAGAGAAAGAGAGAGAAGGAUAAGGGAGGGUAAUUUUUAUUCGCAAGCUCGAAAACAGAAAGUAGAGAAAUUCCUUGAAUUUAGCUUUACAGGCAUUUGUACAUUGAUCCUUUGUGCUCUAGAGUUUGUAUAUUUCCACCAUAGAAUUUCUAUUCCACGAGGGAAUGGAGAGUUUAUAUAAAUUUAUUCGAAAAAUCCGAUUUCUGCCUAAAAUGUAAUAUAUUUUGAACAUAUGAAUCUUACGUAUUAUAGUCGUGAAUCCCGAUUUCCGAUGUACCCUGUGAACACCGGUGUUCAUAAACGCGCUCCACGGAAACGAGCGGGACUUUUAUGCGCGAAUAAAAAAUAAACGAUCCACGUUCGUUUCGUUAGAGUGCUGAGAUCUGCUGAGGGUGAGUCGAACGACAUUCGUCCACUGUGACGUGAAACUAGCAGUCAGAUAAAAUACUAUUUCGUCUUUUACGUACAUAUAUAUAACAUAUAUAUAUAUAUAUAUAUAUAUAUAUAUGAAUAUGUAUAUAUAUAUAUAGUCAAUAUAUUUAUAUAUUAUACGUAUAUUAAUUCAUCAAAGUGGGAAUGACGAUUAUUUUUCUACUUGUUCUUUCUUCAUCGUCACUAUGGUUCUGCAUUAUAAUCCUUGUUUAAACGUUUCCUAUUGUGUAACUCUUUUUUUUUUUUCAACACUGAUGUUUCGCAAAUAUGCUCAUUUUUAUACGUUUUUUCCCAUUUUUUUUUCCUUUUUAUUUUGCCUGUUUUCCUACAUUAUUCUU